UUGUUUCCUUGGCAGUGAAGUAACGCGAAGCAGCUAUAAAAUCCCAACAAAGGCGUGUAAGAAAUCUCCAGAGUCUUUCUUCUACCGACUAGACAGAGCUCUUCUCCUCCUCUCCCAUUACGAUUCUGCAAUUUCUCUAUGGAUUUCGUAAUCAAGGUAAAAUAUGGUGGUACUCUCAGACGCUUUAAUGCCAUUAUCAAUGGAGAUGUCAUGGAUCUUGACAUGGAUAGACUAAGAGCAAAGAUAAUUAAUCUUUUCAAGCUUCAACCGGAUGCUGAUCUCAACCUUACGUAUGUUGAUGAAGACAAUGAUAUUGUAACUCUUGUUGAGGAUGCUGAUCUACUUGAUGCUGUUGUGACUCAGCGCCUGAAUCCCCUGAGGAUAAAUGUCGUGUCAAACACAAUUAUGGCCACGACUUCUGACACAAGAUCACAGAGCAGAGCUUCAACUCCCAUACGGUCACCACGAGUCCAAUCUCAUCCGCCUCCUCGUGUCAGCGCUGGCAUCGAAGAAGCAAUGAAAUCUGUGCCGGAGCCCUUACGUGAUGUACUCUUGAAGUUAUCUAAUGACUUUAUAUCGAAAGCUGCAUCUUCUGCGCCAGCGCUUGCUGAGCUUGUGGAGUAUUUAUCAAAGUCGGGACAAUCCAACCUGGGUCCACCUUCCCAGGAUCAGGAUAGUGCAACGCCAAACAUGCCUGCUAGUGAUCCAUGCCCCAAUCUUAAUAUUCCAGUGGUGUCAGGAGCUUCGGAUGACCCAGGCAGCAUUCCAAAGGUGUCAUCAACAAAUGCUGUCUCCAAUCAAACUCCCACAAAUGAUUCAAGGAAGUGUGAUGGUGAUAACAUGGUGGGUAUCAUCGCGACUUCCAUUCAUCCAACCGCCUCUAAAGUUAGUGAUGGUGCUAACAUGGCGGAGGCCAUUGGGACUUCCGCUCAUCCAACUGCCUCUUCUGUUAGUGAUGGUGCUAACAUGGUGGGGGCCAUUGGGACUUCUGCUCAUCCAACUGCCUCUUCUGUUAGUGAUGGUGCUAACAUGGUGGGGGCCAUUGGGACUUCUGCUCAUCCAACCGCCUCUUUUGUUAGUGAUGGUGCUAACAUGGUGGGGGCCAUUGUUGACUCGGAAUUCCUGAUGGAAGGCGGAGGCUGUCAACCUGGAAAAUCUCAUCCGGCUGUGGACCUUGUUGAUCCUUUCAUGGAUUUCAAUCCACGUCGUUCUGAAGAUUCGGACUUGCUAAUGCCACCCGUUCCACAACUUAAUGGCUUUGAUGAUGUUUUGGGCACUAAUGUAUUGUUCUCUACUUCACAAAUGGCUGGUAACACGGAGAAUGGUUCUCCUGUCAAUAUCCCGAUGGGUGGAGCAGAUGCUGGUGGUGGUUGGGGUUGGCACUACCCCGCCGGGAAUCCAUUUAAAAGGAGCCAUGUCCAGUAUGACAGUGUUCCUCGAACAUUCCAUCGCGGUGUCCGGUGUGAUGGUUGUGGAAUGCACCCGAUAAUGGGGGCUCGAUUCAAGUCUAAAGUGAAAGAUGACUAUGAUCUGUGCAAUGUCUGCUUCUCUGAACUGGGGAAUGAUGCUGAUUACACUAGAAUCGACCAUGCUAGUUACCAGACGCCUCAAUCUUUCAAUUUUAAUCCACGAUUUCGAGGCCCAUCACCACGUGUUGUUCGAGGCUGUGGAUUGAGACCAUUGAAAUCAAAGCUUGAGAGUCGCUUCAUCUUAGAUGUGAAUGUCUUGGAUGGAACUUCGAUGCUCCCAGGAACUCCUUUUACAAAGAUAUGGAGGAUGCGCAACGAUGGUACUGCUGCAUGGCCGCGUGGCACGAAGCUUGUAUGGACAGGGGGGGAUCGUUUCGCUAAUAGUGUCUCUGUUGAUUUGGAGAUUCUGGAGAGCGGUUACCCCAUGGGUGAGGAACUUGAUGUUGCAGUUGAUUUUACAGCACCAUUGAGGCCUGGUCGAUACACUUCGUACUGGAGGAUGGCAUCGCCUUCUGGCCAGAGGUUUGGGCAACGUGUUUGGGUUGCUAUCCAGGUGGAAGACACACGACGAGAUCCUCUCGCUGAUGGCCUCCAUGCUAGCUUGAACUUGAACCUGCCCCCAGAAAGUGGCCGGCGGAUGGGUAAGGGUGCAAUUGCAAUAGAUGUGAAUGUCGAGCCAAAGGAUGGUGGUGUUGCUGUACCUGACCCCUACAAUAUGGAGCAUGAGUUGGUGACGCCAUUGGUUAAUGAGCCCCUCACAACUGAGAGCGAAAUUCUUGAUCUUGAGCAGAUGGGUUACAUCAGUCCACUGCCUAAGGGUAGUGGGGCCGCUGCACCGCCUGUCCCCCAGGAAGCUGCAUCUGUUUCGUAUCCCAUCAUUGAUUUAUCCGAUCUGUUUCCAAAAGCUGCUGAGGUCUCACCACGGUCACUGCCAUCACUGCCCUCUUUUGGAGUGGGAGCCUCUGAGGGGGACAAAUAUGAGCAGACCCUUCUCAAGGAGUUGGAAGAGAUGGGUUUCAGGCAUAUGGAUUUGAACAAGAAGAUUCUGAGGAAGAACGAGUACGACCUGGCACAGUCAUUGGAUGAUCUCUGCAGCAUCUCUGAAUGGGAUCCGAUGCUUGAGGAACUGGAAGAGAUGUUGGUUGCAGGGAUUCAGUGAUCGGGAGAUGAACAAGAAGUUGCUAAUGAAGAAUGGUGGAAGCAUAAAGCGGGUUGUCUUGGAUCUCAUUGCAGGGGAGAAAGCAUAGAGGAUAUGCUUAUGCUGGAGAUCUUGUAAAUAGUUUUUGCUCUACUCGUAUGUUUAUAUUUUCCGGUGUAUAUGCAUGCAAAAUAAUUUACCGGAGUAGAAAAUACUAGGAUGUUGACAGAUGUCUGGAUGAUUAUGGGACAUAUUCUUAUAAAUAUUAUAUAGGAUUGCUUGUUUAA